UGCUCUUUGGAGGUGGUUACCACAGAAACAGCGCUCAUCGUGUUCGGAAAGCAAUGCGGUUUCUUACGGUCGUCCUUCUUCUGCUGGCGACCAGUCUCCUGGAGGCCUGGGCCGGCCAGACUGACAGGUGGCCAAUGGCAGAACCUCUGACAAAUGGUGCUGCAUCUAGCAGCAACGCACAAGGAUUUUAUGUACUGAGACGGCCACCUCGUUAUGACACACCCCAGCAACCGGCAGCACCUGAACCCUUCAGAAGUGGGGCUUCGCUUCGCCAGUGGAGCGACAGCUUUCCAGCGAGUACACAACCGCUCACAACACGUGACCAGUACCACCAGGCAAAAACAUCUGCGUCUUCUCCCCAGGUGUCUCAGAAUGCACCCGCAGAGCCUAGGUGGAAAUACUCUGGCUCUGCCAAUGCUUGGCCAACGCAAAAUAAUGGUAGGAACGGCGAAGGAAGGGCGACAGAGCGAUUUGAAGUCAGAAAAACGAAUGGUAGGUCACACAGAAAGCCUGCUGAAUCGAGCAGAUCGACUGCUAGUGCUGGCUGGCCAAUGGCUGGCGGACAAAGCAAAAGCAAGCCAAAGAAUAUACUUGUCAUAGAUGCAGGGUACACAACCGGUAAUAUACAAGAUUUUCUUAACUCGGGCUGGCCAAUGAAGAAACCAAAUGGUAAUGGUUGGCAAAAUGGUGCCAGCAGUGCCAGUGGGUGGCAGGGUGCUAAUUCGAAUGGGUGGGAAGCAGCAGCCAGUAGCGACGGCUGGCAGACAUCAAAUAAUGAUGAGCAGGUAUACGCUGUCCAGACAGCAAGCACGGAUGACACCGCAGAUGUCGAAGCAGACACGAAUCCGUUCUUUUCUGGUGCGGGCCCAAGCCAUGGAAAUGAGCAUGCGGUUACGGACAAGCAAGUGUACAUAGUGAAGACAAUCAGCCAUAGCCCAGCGCCAAGUGCGCCUUCAAUGGCUCCUGCAUGGCCUUCAGAUGAGUGGAGCGACGCACCUGCAAAAUGGCCUUCGAAUGGCUGGAACGGGGGCAUGAACAUGGCAAUGACAAUGCAGAAUGGUGGUAAUGGUGGAAUAGGCCAGCAGAUUCUUGCUUUACUUGGACAGAAGCAGGAAUUUCUAUUAAAGACCCUGCCAAGCCUUUUGCCAUCUGCACAGCAGUCAGCGCCGUCUGACUGGCCUUCUGGUAACGGAAAACCAUCGAAGAAAAACAACCACUGGGAAUGACUUGAUCCCUGAGCUAUAGAAAACGUAUUUGAAACACUGUUUCAUAUACGUAAACGGCUAAGUACGAGGCUUCUCACUGUCAAAGCCGAAUCGGAAUACGACGCCUGAAUGCAAAAUAAAGUUCCUCGUGGCA